AUGUUCAGAAACGGUUUUCGUGGGAUUUUGAGACAGCAGUCGACAGUGGCUGGACCUCGUACUCUUCCAUUCAAUGCGAAAGAGACUCCAAUUCCAAAAAAUGUGGAGGCAGUAUACCAUGCGCCUUUGAAGAUCGAGCCAGUACACAAAGAUCUAGUGGCGGACAUUCAGUUGAAGUCUUAUGAUAACGAGAAUCUUGAUUUUUUCAGCAGUUUUGUGCUUAGAGCAGGGUAUUACUUGGGUAUUCCAAUGAAGGGACCCAAGCCAAUGCCAACAAAGAGAGAACGUUGGACGGUUAUCAGGGCACCAUUUGUGAUGGCUAAAUCGAAGGAAAAUUUUGAAAGACACACGCACGCGCGGUUGAUCAGACUAUAUGACACUAACGUCGAGGUAGUGGAGACGUUAUUGUCUUACAUUUCGAAACACAGUAUGAGUGGUGUUGGUAUUAAGUGUAACUUGUACCAACGCGAGCCUGUAGACCUACAAAGCAAGAAGGAAGACUUGGAUGUGGAGAAGUUUGACAUGAGCUCGCAACUGCACGGACUGGACGAUGCUGUCGGUGCUAAGGUAGUUGAGUUGCUAAAAAACCCAGAAUUCAGCAAACACUUUAAAUAA